AUGUCGGCAGCUAUGGAUAGGGCUCUUAUGGCUCUCUCACUGGAAGAUGAGGAAGAGAAAGUUCCUGCCAUGCCGGAGCUCCCCGGAUUUAGUUUUAUAGAGGAAAAUGCGCUAAGCCUCAUCGGGAGGACUCUCAAUCCCGAAUAUGGAGUUCAGACCUUCAAUGACUGGACGAUUGUCUUGGAAAGAUGGGUGGAGAAUCCGCCUGACGACUAUCUCCAGUAUAUCCCUCUCUGUGUCCAGAUAAGCAAAAUUCCUGUCAACUACUACACAGAGGCUGCUCUCAUGACGCUAGGGGAGAUGCUAGGUGAAGUGAAGGUUUUGGCCUUCGACCCGACGAAGCCUAUCAACCAACCCUUCAUUAGGGUUCAGAUUCAUUUCAAUGUUGCUAAAUCCCUGAAGAUGGCGAGGGUUCCGGAUAUGGGAGGAGGCAAAACUCAUACGAUUCACUUCGAUUACGAGAAGCUCCAGAAGAGAUGCUAUACCUGCAAGAGGCUGAAUCAUGAGAAACAAUUCUGCCCGCUGGAGAUCAAAAAACGUCAAUCUGAUGCUUUGCAGAGAAGAGAAAGGAUCAUAGCAGAAAAGUCCAAAGUCAACAUUGUUCUGCAACAGAAUGGCCCUCUUUUUGAGGUGUUGGAAGAAGAGCAAGUAGGACUGAAUCCAAACACAGGAAGGCCGAAAAUUGCUAGUGAAGUGCUAGAAGAAAUGAGAAGAUUUCUACUUGCUGAUACGGAUGAAACUCUGGCUAUCAAGGUUGACAAGGUGAAGAAAUCAGUUAGAGAAGCUGAGAAAGAUCCUCUGUUACAGAAGACCAUUCUAAGACUAGAGCAAGCUCCAGUUUUAACUACGGAUUUAAACAAAGGCAAAGGACCAGUGUUUGACUUCAGAGAGAAGGAGAUUGACAGACGUAAUUGGGACCUCAACGCCAAGCCGAUCAAGCUCUUGGCUGACUCCAUGAAAGCUAACAGAAAUGUCUUGCUGUCAGAGGCUGCGACUAGAUUCAAUAGUGGUUCGAAUGUUGAGGCUGAAGGUUACUACCUGGACACAUUUUCUGACACUCUUACGGUGUUUCGAGUUAGGUUCUCUGAACCUUGUUCUUUCGAGACUGUUAGAAAACGGGUGCCGAUUAGGAGAAGGCCUCCACGAGCUCAAAGACAGCGCCAGUUGUUAGCUCUCACUGCUGGGAAUGAGGUUCAAGUGGGAGAGAGAAGAGAAGGGAAGCAGGAAGUUGGUUCGAGAAAGAGGAAGAAGGUUAACCAAGGAACUGAGGAAGUUCCAUCCAUCAAGGCGCAAUGCCUCUCGGUGAUCCCAAGGGAGGGAUUGCCCCCUCCCCAAUGA